AUGCUUGAAACAAGAGGUGUUGAGAACUUGUUGACUGUAUUGAAAGUACAAACAGCUCAUAAAAAUGCUUUAAUUGCUUCAGUUUUAUUAGCUUACAAUGCAUGUCCUGCAUUUUAUACAGCACAUGCACCUAAAGUCAAGAAUGGUGUAAUUCAUUCUAUUAAUACUGGAGUUAAUUUAAUGAGUUAUAAUGGACUAAGUGGUACACAAGUUGGUCCUACCCCAUUGGCACUUGAAAGGUCAACACAUCAAAUGAAUGCAGAUUAUCAUCCAGAAGCUUAUUUCUCCAUACAACUUGAAAAGGGACCUAGUCGGGAUAGAAUGCAGAAUGCUUUUAUUAAAAGAACACAAGGUGGUGGUAUCGCUUCAUCGAAAAGUACCAUAGAAAGUGAGAAAAUGAAACGAGAAUUUCUAUCACAAUAUUGUCUUGAUUUUGGUGAACGUACUCAACAAGCAUCACUUCGUGCACAAAUUAUUGAAACCUACAGUUCUAUAUUAAUCAUAUUGAAAAGUGUACCAACUGUAUCUGAAGAAUUUUUCAUAAUUGGUUAUGCAUUUGAAAAGAAAUCCUCUGAAGAUGAUCUUGAUACACAGACAACAGAUCCACGAUCAUUACGUAGUCGUCCUCGUCGUGUAUUAUCUACAGAUGGUAAAAAGUGUUAUAACUUAUGGUUUAUACCACAUUUUAUCGAAGUGCUAUUUGUAUUUCGUCAUUUGGAUGAUGAAGCCUGUACAAAAGCUCUACGUUCUAUGACAAGAAUUGCUCGUGCUUUACAUGACAUUUUACAUUAUUUAGUUGCAUAUGCUCGUCUGGGUAUCAGUUCAUCUAGAAUAACACCUGAACAACGUCAUCGAAUAUUAGUUACGUCUGAUGAAGAUCACCUAUUUCCUGAGAAUCAGAAUAAUUUACAAACAGCUGAAGAAUCUGCCAUUGCAACAGCAGAAGUAGCCGGUCUACAACAAUCAGCUUCACAACUUGUCUCUGUUGGUACUACUGAGAGUAUGUCAUUAGCGUUGUCAUCACCUGCCAGUUCUAUUACACCAUUGGAUUUAACAAUACAAGGACGUAGUCUUAUUGUGGAUCAAUUAGUAGCCACUGAAUUAAGAGAAAUUCAAUAUCAAAUAAAUCGAUUACCAGAUCCAACGGAUCCAGAACAAAUUAUUGAAGUUUUAUCGCUUAGACGUGAUAUAAUGUUCUUAAAAUUUGAUGUCUGUAUACGUACAGUGCUGGGAGAAACAUUUCUUGCUGCAGGUAAUGAAGAAGCCUUCAAAGAGGUAAGAGAAAACAGUCACUUCCCAUUAGCAGAAUUAUCAAAUAUGCAACGGCCAUGUGUGAAUGCAAUUGAUUUAUGUAUACCAGAACCUCUGGAACCAAGAGAUGAUAUGGCACAGGCUAUACUUCCAUGGCGUUGCUUGAUUAAUUAUUAUGGUCCUUAUUUGCUAUUCAAUACAAAUUGGACACAAAUUGAUUAUAAUAUACGCUUAUGUUUAGCUGGAUUGAAACCAGUCGAUCGUCCAACUGUACACGGUGAAUUAUUGGCUAUGAAUUUAACUCUUGAAGAUAUUCUUGAAACUGGUGAUAUACCAGAAGCUUGCGCUGGUGAUAAACUACCAAUUCAACAGGCUGAGAAUAUGCAUUGUAUGCUUGGUAAACGUACUAGAGAGAAAAGACGUGAUCUACAACAGACACCAGGUAUUACAACAGGCACAACAGGCCAGCCGCUGACAACACAAACACCAAGUACAGAACAGAGUACAGGUAAAACUCAAAGUAUCAGUCCAAAUCUACAAACUGCUACAUCAAGUUCAUCUAAAAAAUUAACAGGCGUAAGUGCAGUCAAGUUGAGUACUCUGGAUACACCGAUAGCAGCAUAUGAAUUAAUCAAAAAGUGUUUAAUUUUAUGGAAACGUGUUGAGUUAUUGAAAUAUGCUUGGGGAAAGAGAAGAUUAGGCAUUGAACGAAUUAAUACACCAUCAACAUUUAAAAUGUUUUGUUCAAUAUACAAACGUGAGAAGCUGUAUCCUCUAUUACGAAAUUUAUCUAUACAAUAUCGUCAGCCUGAUAUGUAUUCUUUUGGUCCGUUAAAUGAUAGUGAUAUAUUUGUUAUGCCUAAAAAUAUUCCAGAAAUUGUUGUCAGACAACGACAAUUACUUAAACUGAUAGAGGCAUUUGAAUUUUUCAUGAUAUCUGAUUUAAGAAAGUUAGUUGUACGUCAAACUGAUUUAGUAAUCAAAGAGCGUAAUCGUGAAGAAGGUAACCUACCAUUAGACUUGUGGAAAAGACCUGCAAUGAAAGAAUCCUUAACUGUACCACGACCUGCAUUAGCUGAAGAAUUUCUCAGUGAAUUACUUUCACACACAACAUACAAUGAAAAAACUGAUGUAUAUACAUUGACAAAAAAGAAUUUCAAUGAUGUUAUACAAAAUGUAGCUAUUUCAGUGAUGAGAAAUGAAAGAGAAUCAUUUGAACAUUAUUCAAUGUAUUAUGAAAAUUUAUUAAAAAAUCAACACAGUAUAAUUUAUGCUAAUGAACGUGAAAUACAAGAUCUUAAAGAUCAACUGCAUCAAAAAGAUUUAGAAACUGGUGUCACAGUACAAUUUCAAAUGUCUGAACAAGCUCAUAAUUUGUUACUAGAGGUUACUGCGCUAAGAGCUAGAAUUCAUGAAUUAGAAGAAAUUAACAGUAGGAAUGAAGCUAAAGCACGUAAACAUGUUAGAAAUGAAUUCAGUAAUUCAAUUCGUAAACUAUUCGGUCUUAGCUUUGAACAAAAAUCUCGUAUCGAUGAGUAUCGUAAUCAACUGCAUGCAAUCACAUUACAACGUAUUGCUGAAGUAAGAGAUGAAGCAUCAACAGAAAUGUCACGUAUAAAAGAACGAGGUGGUGUUAGAGCAUCAGCAGAAGAUGAAUUAGCUGAGCGUAAUAAUCGCCUGUUUAAAGAAGUGACAGCUUUACAUCAACGUAAUAUCAGUCUUCAACAGAUGAUUGGACGUUUAAGAGUUAUGGCACAUUGGCAACAGACUACAUUAAGAUGUAUUUUUGAAAAACAGAUUGACGCUAUUGAAGAUCAACGGAAUCAAAGUAAAACACGUGUUACACGCUUAGGUAUACUGUCUGAACAACGUGUACGUUUAUUAAAUGAAGAAAUGGCUAAAGUUCGUGAACAUUUAGCUAAUACAGAAAAACAUUUAAACAAUUUACGUAAUGCACUGGAUAAAGAGAUGAAAGAUAAAGUUGAGAAGAAACAUGCAGCUGAACGGAAAGCAGCCACAGAUAAACAAAUGACUAUAGUAAAACAAAUGCAUAUCGACCAGCUGAUGGCAGAAAUCAACGAGAAAGAUGCUGUGCUAAAUGAGAUGAGUGCAAUUCUAGACGCAAGUGCUAAAUCGAAAAAACAAGAAGCUGAUAAAUCAGGACGUGAAGUCGAUUUAUUACGUAAACAAUUGAAAGAAGAAAAACAGUUGAAAAAGUCUGCUAUACAAAAAAUUGACGAUUUAAUGUCACAACUAUACGAAUUUGAAGCAAAUCAAGCAUUGUCAUCAGGAGCAAAACAAAAACCAAUGUCAGCUAGCGCUUCAAGUAGGCCGGAUAUUGGACAGCCAACUGGAAGCCUGAGAAAAAUGCAAGGAGAUAAAUCUCGACUUACUAGACCAAUUACAGUCGGUAUACCAUCAUUACGUGAACGUCUAGCUGAGAGAUUACUUAGAAAUGGUCCACCCGAUACGCAUUCACAACUCAUUGAAAUGCAAAAACAAUCGGCAAGUGAACAGUAA